GUGACUGCGAACUUAGAGCAUCAGUCAUCUCCAGCCAUUUGCGUUGUAAACGUCAAAUUUGAAAAUCGAAUUAAUUUAUUUUAAAAAUGAAUUUCUCCAAAAUUCUUUUCGCGAUCUUCGCUUGUUUCAUGGCGUUCGCCGCCGUGUCAGCUGCUCCUGAACCAAGAUGGAACCCGUUUAAGAAACUUGAGCGAGUUGGCCAGAACAUCCGAGACGGCAUCGUGAAGGCACAACCAGCUAUCCAAGUAGUGGGAGAAGCGGCUACCAUAUACAGAGGUGGUAAAUAAUUUACCACAUAGCAAACAUCGUCUAGUUUAAAAAUCGAAUAGGGACAUCACUUUUUUUCUGACAAAAUAAAACACUGUGUAAUUUUUAAAAUGUAAACUGGUUUAAGUAUGGAAUUGAUAUUGUGGAUAAUGGCAACUUACAUUUUCCGAGGCUACACAAAAACCCGUUAAAGAGGCUUAAUGAAAUUAUGAUAAUAUCAUUGUUAAAUUUUAUUGUAUGUUCAAAAUAAAAAAAAAAUAUUUUAUAAUAAAGCUGCCAUAUAAAGAAUCUGUAAAUAGUAUUAUAAGUUUAAUAAAUAAAUAAUUUAAGUUAAAACUGAA